CAAACUACAUUGUUUUAAAUGUUAAAAAGGCCGAGGAGAUGGUGUUUGAUCCCAGGGGAGUGGGUGAUCAUCAUCCUGUGGUCAUCCACAAGGAAAGUGUAAAUGUUUGUACAUACAUGUGAACAUUAAUCCCAUAAUCUUUUUCUUCAUUCCCCCCCGAAAAAAGGUAUUGGCUGCCUGUUGGAUAAUGAGGUCACUUUAGUGCGGGUGUUAUUCAUGUCACUUGGGGCGAGGCUUUCUGAGGAAAUGCAAAUGCUCUGAAAAAAAACUGAGGAGAGGUUGUCAGGAAGAGGAACACAUCCUCUCUCACUGGUCCGAUCAACAACAAUCUACUUUGCUCUCUGUUCACCAUGAAGCUGUUUGGAGCUUUGAUCCUGUUUGUGACUCUAUCUACAGCAUGUGGAUUGAGAUGCUACACAUGCAUUGCCGCAGACCCAAGAUCAUGCACAGACACCAAAUCUUGUGCAGUCAUCUUCGAUCGAUGUUUCUCUCUCCCAAUUGGCACUGACGUGACCACCAAGGGCUGCAUAAACAGCCUGGUAUGUGCUGCAGGUGUCAUGUCAUGCUGUGAAGGAGACCUGUGUAACAGUGCAGUGCCAACUGGUUCCAGUGUCCUCCUGCUGCUGGUAUCUUCAGCCCUCAUCACUCUCUUUCUCUAAGGCUCUGGGAUCCUCUUAUUUUAAUGCUGCACUUCUUGUGUCUGAACCAAUUUGUACCACUGCAGAUGAAUAAAAACAAUUAAGUUUCACUGGAAACUAUAUCUCAAAGUCAAUUACAUAAUCUUAUGCACAUGUUAAUCCUUUGCUUUCACUCAUGGAUUGAAUAAAAAGAGCUGGCUAUACAAUGAAAAUCAA